AUGAAGGUAGUAGCUAAAGCUGCAUGGGAUGAGGUUCGGGUAAGUGGCUGGGCCGGCUUUGUCAUUAUGCAGAAAUUAAAAGGUAUUAAAGACAGGCUAAGAGUUUGGAAUAAAGAGGACUUCGAAGACAUCAAUUCUGCUCUUCAAGAAGCCGAAGCUAAAAUGCAUCACUUCGACACUCUAUCUGAAGUUAGGCAAUUGAAUGACGAGGAAAAAGCACUAAGAUGUUCUAUCAAGUCAGAUUAUUGGAGGCUCUCUAAGUUGUCAGAAUCUCUUUGGAAACAGAAAUCUAGAGUCAAGUGGCUGAAAUUGGGAGAUAGAAACACGAGAUCAAACAAGCCGCUGCAAAAAAAAAUUCGGAAUAACUUUAAGGAAGAUAGAAAGAUCAGACCAGUGUUGGGGGGGUUCUUUUCCAGAACGAUAGAGUCGGCUAUAGCGUCGCAACUUGAGAAACAAUUUGAGGAGAAGGAAAUUUUGGUAGCCCUGCAAGGAUGUAGUAGUCUCAAAGCACCAGGACCCGACGGCUUCAAUUUCUCUUUUGUCAAGAAAGGGUGGGAUUUUAUGAAAGAGUCGGUCACUCAAUUCUUCACUGAGUUCCAUGCCAAUGGGAAGCUUACUAAAGAGGUUCUAUCUAAAGUAUUGGCGAAUAGAAUCAAAGAGCAUAUGCGAUUAGUCAUUGGGGAGUCCCAAGCUACCUUUGUAUGUGGGAAACAAAUUCUUGAUGGCGUUCUUAUAGCCAAUGAGGCCAUUCACAGCUGA